AAAGCAACCCCGCAGGAAGUGCAAGACCGUGAGCGUCUGUGCGGACCACGUCAGCUGUCAUGACUGGCCCAAAGAACUCGUUGAGAGUGUAAGUAUUUCGCGAGCAGUGCUACUAGUGCUCGACGCAGCAGCAUGUUGAUGUUGUUUUGUCGCACUGCUUACGCGGUUUCCUUAUGGCGUAGAUUCACUUCUCCAUGACGCCGAUCGUCUUCGCAAUCCUACUCCGAUGUGGUUACAGUCUUGUGCCGCCUACUGUGGAACAAGGGCCGCAUGAUCAAGACCGCAUGCGAGCAGGUUCUCGUGCAGCGCAGUCUCUGAUGCAGAAGGAACAAGCAGCGGUAGUGGAGAUAGACGCUGAUAGCGGAGCAGCUAGCAUAGCAAUCACCGGAAGUAACGCGCCCUCUUUGUCGGAUUCGGAUCCGGAGCGGAGCAGGAUUUCAUUUCCACAACAGCUUACUACUAGUGAGACCGGGACCACCUCAUUACCAGAGGCCCAAGCCAGGGGACGGAGCCGGUACAGCCGCGAAACCACUACACAAGCGCGCACUGAAGCUGGUCGGCCUGAGCAGCAGCGGCAUCAAUUGCAGGAUGAUGCGGCUUCGGACCCGCAGGCACAGCAAGUAACCAGGAGCACCUCACCUUCUACUCCGGCCAUGGGAAGGCACUCCAAGGUGGAGCGACCUAAUUCACGGUUUCUUCGGGAUGAGAAAUACCAAGACCACGGUGCGACUUUUGAUAAGAACAGGGAGCAGGCGCUUAAGGAAAAAGAAAUAACGGACGGUCAGUACGAUGAUUCAGGAAACGCAGUAAGGGGAACGAUUGGCAUAGGCUCCACUCGUACCUCGCCCAGUACCGCCGGCGUUGUGAGGACGGAGACAAAUCCAAAGAACUACAAACGCCCUGCCUAUGUAGCUGCCCCGUCCCAGCAAUCCUUCUCCUCCUGGGACAUGAGCAAUUCGCGGAGCUCUAGUGGUUUGCAGACAGAGUCGUCGACACUUGCAGAGAAAAACUGGCCUGUUUGCGUUGGUAAAUUUCGUCCCAACCCAUAUCCGGAUAGCUGUCCGAACAGUUACUGGGACGAGGCUUCGUGCAAUGGAGACAGCAAAUGCGUCUGGACGACUAAAACGCCGGUUUGGAUGUUCUGUGACUCCCUCUCUGCGGAGGUCGAUAGCACAACUGGAGCUCCAAAAUACGAUUACAGUAUUGGUGCUAUGAUUAUAGUAGCCACGUGCGCGGAGGCCUGCACCGACUAUUUCAACGACUGCAUCGAAUUUAGUCCAGACUCGCUGCACAGCGACCUGAACACCGCGAUUCACGACCCGACCAAAAACGGGUGUCAGAGCAGCAGUUGCCAGCCGAGCCGCAAUAAGUGGCGAACUGAUUGCUCUAGCAGGGGGACGGUCGGGGACAGUAUGGUUCCAACCCUCGUUUCCAAUGCUGACACGGAAUGCAACAAGUACCCGAGUUCGAAUCCGACCCCGGCCAGCAACCCGGCGCCCGCACCGCCGCCGCCCGCGCCGGCGCCGGUUGUCUACAUUUCCCCGACCUCGCUGCAUUGCGACCAGCACGCCUCAAGCUGUCAAGACGAGUGCAAAAGCUACAUGAGCAAGCCCUGUUUCAACUUCGACGAUCCCAACACAGAGAUGAACGUGCUGAACUUCGCGAAAAACAGUUUCUGCCCAAAGUUUUCGCAGGAUUGCUACUGCUCCCUGGCCGAGUGGGCGGCGAAGAGCACGUGCACCGAAGCGAUUCCCACCCGGGACUACCACUUCGCAGAUCCAAAUAUUGCCACCUUCAACAGCGUGAUGCAGGAGAAAGUGGUGGACAAAGUCGCGCAAAGCUGCAAAGACGGAGGGACGGCGUUCGCGUUCUCGAAGCUACCGUGUGCCUGGGAUACCACAACAACAACGACCACCCCGGAACCACUCCCCGAGGACGUGCGGACGUACGACGGGAACGGCGUGAAGCUGUGCGAGUUGACCACGGACGCAGACGGGAACCUGUAUGACGCCUGUAUCUGCAUGGGCCGCACGGCCCGGGUCAACCCGUUUUGCGAGCACCAGUUCUAUGACAAGAGUUCGUGUACGGGGCAGGAGUACGGGUUCUGCUAUUGGAUGGACGGCCCCAAAAGUAUGGAUUUGAUCUGGAACCGCUGUCACGAGUGGCACAUUUUGGACCAAAAAGAUUCCACCGGGCAGGAAGACUACUCGACCUCUCACCUUCAAUGUACGCAAAGCUUAUCCAGGAAAAAACACCCAUCUCCAUCCAUUUUGUGCAUGACAAACACAGCAAUCAAAAUUUAUGCGUGUUGUGCGUGACAAAUUGGAUGGGGAUGGGUGUUUUUUGAUUGGAUGAAACUGCCUCAACUUCUACGAGCGCUGCUACGAGCUGCAGGAGCACGUAUCGGAUGAGGCAAUCUAUUACAGUGCGGUCUCGCUGUGGCAAACAUCAUACAAAAUAAAGUUGGGACAACAACCUCAGAGGUUGUUCAUGUGUACGGGCAUGGUUUUCCAAUUUUAGUUUGUAGGAUUCUCAUUUUUUUUUUCAUAUUUUGAUUGCCCUCGCUGUUCCAGCAAGACACGCCGCGCCUUUGCAAUGCAUAGUGCGAAAUCGUCGAGAACCUAUCCCAGCAGGAGGUGAAAAACUGUUAUUUUGACCCGAGUACGCAUUGGCAUUGCAGAAGAUGUAUGGCAGAGGAGAUAUCAUGCAAUUCAAUUAUCGCGUCCAAAGAAAAAAAUGAAGUCAGACACAGACUAAGAUCUGUGGUUGUUAUUUUUCAGUGUCAUUUUGUUCAGGUUUUCUAAGGUUAGGUACAAAACAGAGUCUGAGGUACAUAAUACUUACACACAUAGGUAAGUCUGCAAUGCCACUGCAUACCCAAUGUGCCGAACUCCGAUCAGCCAAAGCAAAGACGGUGCAACUCGACGAGCGAAGCCUGGAAGCAGGACUGCGGCGAUGCCGUGAGCCCGGACCCCGCGAACCUGCGCGGCAACAAUCCCAGUUUGAUCACGGAGCAAGCGAAUGUGUGCCAUGCGAAGUACAGCGUCGCCAAACAGAUGACCCCGCGGCAGUACUGCGCGGAAAACGUUCCGGCCUGUCCCACGGAGUGCGAAGAAAUUAUCAGCAAACCGUGUUUCGGAUCGAGCGACCCAUCCGUCAAAACGGGAGCGCUGGCGUGGCACGGCGGGGAGAACUGUGCGCGACUCAGUCAGGACUGCUAUUGUGCGCUGGAGAAGUGGAAGAGCGGGGUGUGUAACGUAAACACGGGGGAAGUAGCGCACCCGUGUGUGGAGAACCCGCAGGAGUUAUUCGAUGCGCUGUUCGGAGCCAGCAUGCUGUCCUCGAUCGCGGACUGGUUGGAGAAAAAGCCGUUCUGCCAAGUGCACGGGGGCUUCAACGAGAGUGCCACCUGCCCCGAAAGCGACCAGUACCUCGGGCCCUGCACGGUCGCGCCUCCGGAGGACUUGGAAGCCGGAGCCCUCCUCAAUGGCACCGGCAAUGGCACUAACGCAACAAACGCAACGGGGGAGGAGGGAAGUGGCAGUUGGUUUGCAAGGAUACCCAAAGCAGCCAUUAUGGGGGUCUGCGCGGUCGCAGGAGCCGGGGUGCUCGGUGCGAUGGCCUACACAGUGAUGCAGGGGCAGAAAACCACGGGAAACGGAAGAACCAACUACGACGCGGGAUCUUCCAGUGACGAAGGAGGAUUUUUAGGCAUGCUUGCCUGACACGUUUACUUCGAGCGAGGAAAAGUUUUAUUUUUCUCGGGCGGAAAGAUCAAGAACAAGAUGAUGCCGAAAACAUUGAAGUCGGCCAGACUGUCUAUUACCUCGCCCUGGCUCGAGCUCGACCUACAAGUACAUUGAGGAGCGCUCACUAAAAGACUGCAGGAGCGACGCGUUGUUGGUUGCGCUAGAAUUGACUUGUGGCUGAUUCGCUAAGUCACGAAAAAGGAGGUGGAGGUUAACGACACCUAAUGAAUUGCGUUUGCACUAUGCCUGAGCAAAAUUAUCU